UCCAGGACAGAGUUCCCUCUGCCAGGGGGGGAAAGACAAGUGCCCAAGUUGUUCAAGUACCUAUUAACCGAAUACUUGCAUUCUUCGGUCUCCAAUCUCAUCCAUCGCAGCCUGAAAAUCCCCGAAAAAAAAACGUGCGAUUUUCCCCAAAAAAAAGUAAUCCCAAAACAAAAAUAAAAUAAAAAUCAUACCAUGUGUCGCCACGGGUGUGACUUGACGCGUAUCCCGAUCUCCCAAUAACCAAAUACUUGAAAAUCAUAAUAAAUAAAUUGAAAUAAAUAAAUAGUGACUAAGCCGGUGAGUGUAGUGGAGUUAUAGGAAGAUCGAUCAAGAUUUUGUGAUAGUAUUGUCAUCAGUGAGUGAAAUAUUCUUGACAGGAGGAUUAAGGGCCAAAGAACCCGGGGGCACACAUAGGCGUGUCGUGUCUGUGUUGCGAUAUUACCGACGUACAAUAGCUAUUUCAUUAUUUUAUCCGUCGUGGAAGUGAGCCCCUGGGGUGUGGCUCUCGAGGUGUUGGGAUUUUUGGUGGCGAUUAUCCGUGAUUUUUCUUUAUUUUUCAUCUUUUUUAUUUUUCGGUGAUUCGGGUUUAUUUCACCCGUGUUCUGUGCGGGUGGUGGCUUCCAAAAGGUGGACAACUGGGGGGUGGGGAUAUUGGAGGGGUAGAGAGAGGUGGAGAACACGGGAUUUUGUGGGAGAGACAGAGGGAGCGAUAGUGGCGUAUCAAGAUGGCGCAUAAUUUGGCACCGAGUGUUAACUGCUCUCUGGAUGACAUCGACCUCAACGCACUGAAGGAUCCAGCAGGCAUCUUCGAGCUCAUUGAAGUCGUUGGAAAUGGCACAUACGGUCAAGUCUACAAGGGCCGACACACCAAGACCGGCCAGCUGGCAGCCAUUAAAGUUAUGGACGUCACGGAGGACGAGGAGGAGGAGAUUAAGCUAGAAAUAAACGUCCUCAAGAAGUAUUCAAAUCACCGGAAUAUUGCCACAUAUUAUGGAGCAUUCGUCAAGAAGUCACCACCGGGGAAAGAUGACCAAUUGUGGUUGGUCAUGGAAUAUUGUGGUGCUGGGUCCGUUACAGAUCUCGUUAAAUCGACAAAGGGACAGAGCCUUAAAGAAGAGUGGAUUGCUUAUAUCUCGAGAGAGAUACUCAGAGGACUCAGUUACCUCCACAGUAACAAAGUUAUUCACAGGGACAUCAAGGGACAGAACGUACUCUUGACCGACAAUGCCGAAGUUAAACUUGUGGAUUUCGGUGUAUCUGCACAAUUGGACCGUACGAUUGGACGUAGAAACACGUUCAUUGGUACCCCAUACUGGAUGGCACCUGAAGUGAUAGCUUGUGACGAAAAUCCAGAUGCCACAUACGACAACAGAAGUGAUCUUUGGUCACUGGGUAUUACUGCAUUGGAAAUGGCAGAGUCACAGCCUCCCCUCUGUGAUCUACAUCCCAUGAGAGCGCUCUUCUUGAUUCCACGUAAUACACCACCAAGGCUGAAAUCGAAGAAGUGGGCGAAAAAAUUUCAGGGAUUCAUUGAAACGGUCCUGGUGAAGGACUAUCAUCAGCGGCCUUAUACGGAACAACUACUGAAGCAUCCAUUCAUCCGGGACCAACCAACAGAGCGUCAAGUUAGGAUACAGCUCAAAGACCAUAUCGAUCGUUGCAAGAAACGUAAACAGGAGAAAGGUAAGGAACGUGACGACUACAGGUACAGUGGAAGUGAAAACGAGGAUGACGAGCCAGCCCUCGCAGGUGAGCCCUCGUCAAUCGUCCAGGCACCUGGUGGCGACACACUCCGUCGUAAUUUCCAGCAGAUCCAGGAGGGAAGGACAUUGACACAAGAUAUUCCCCAGCCACCACAUUCGGGUAAAGAUAAACAAGGAGGUAGAGGCCAUCGUGAGAUCCCAGAGCCAGGACCACCCUCCAGACCUGCUAUUCCUCACAGACUCAUUGAGCCACAGCCACCAUCGCGGCCGCUGCCUCCAACACCACGUGAUGAUCCAAGACAGCCGCACAAAGUCUCAACUCCACCAUCGAACCACCACUCAGCUGCCAAUUCCAGUGGCGUUGGAAGUGGUGGUUCAGGUGGACAGCCACCACAAAGAAACAGUCACGUUUUCAAGCCCAUGCUGCCACCGAGGAGGCCAGAGGACUUGGACAUGCUGGCUGCUCAACUCAACGAGCUUGGUGUGUCACAGGGCCCUGAGGCCCCGCCAAGGCCCAACAGGCAACACAAGAGCCCAGCCCCGGUACAAACGUCAAAUGUCACCACUAGCCACUCGGCCCAACCAGCCAAUAAUGAACAGAACAACAAACAGAUGCCACAAUCCUCCAGUAUUCUCGAUCAAGCACUAUCCGUCGAGAGUGACAGUGAUGAUGAUUUCGAGGAUGCAACUGGAAACAAUGCAAGAAACGAUGGAACAUUACUCGCCAGUGAUCCACCAAAGCCUCUCCCUGAAUUUUCUCCUUUCAGACCGUCUUCAGAUUCAUCUUCUUCGUCCUCCCACAAUGCACAAAAUCACCAUGAAGGUGGUGCACCCAAUCGACCAUUACCACCGACACCAGAUGAAGAGGAAUCAGGAGAUCGAACACUAGUCAUGAAACGAAAACUUAGUAAAAAUGAUGAGAAAACAAGCCCGAACCGUCGCUCCGAGAUUGAUGAGCAAUUGUUGCUCAAGGAGUGGGAUUUCACACGGUUCUUCCAAGGGUUUAACGAAAGGUUGGAUAAAAUGAAACAGGAGGUGACUGGCAAGGAGGAGAGUGCAAAAUCAACGGAGAGAACCCUGAAGAGAUACGAUUUAUCAUCGAGAAGGAAAACCGAGCAAAUUGGUGGGCACAGUGGACAGAGGAGUGCUCAGAAAUCAUCGGCUAGUGGUCAAACAUCGGGGCAAUUAAAAUCUAUACAUCGUAGACAAGAGUCAGAUUCAAAAUUGGCAAAUUCAAGUGCAUUUGCCAGAGCAUUCAGGCGUGAAAAUUCCGAUUUCUUUCCCUCGACGAGGCAUUCGGCUUAUUUACAAAAAUCCGAGCCGAGAUCAUCGAUAUUUGCAAGUGGAAAUAGACGUGGCAGUGAAAUAUCAGUUGCUGGUAUAAGUGGAAAGAAAGGUAGUGGAUUGUCAUCGGGUGAGCCAGUACUUACUGAUUUUUCAUUUGGUCGUGAGCCACCCCAGCGACCUAGACGUGAAAAAACCGAGAGUGAAAUUGUUUUUGGAAAUAGACAGCAGGAUUAUUUGAGGGAGCGUGAGGCUAGGUUAUUCAGAAAUGAUGAUAAUAGGAGGAGAAGUUUUAAACCGUUGGAUUCGACGUCGGAUGAUGGAACAAUUAAGUCAACAGCUAGUACAACAGCUAGUGAAUACAGUCCAGUCAUAACUCAGAAUCGUGAUGGUGAGCGUGGAAGAAGUGGAGGAAGUGAUUUCCAGAGAUCAGACUCAUCCCCCGGCUCACGACCUAGCUCAGUGCUACCAGAUUUAUUGACCUCGUCGCCAGGUCAACGACAGGACAAGUCAACCAGUGAAGAGUAUCGACAAGCUGUUAAAACCCCAGCACCUCUUGCACUUCAACAGAAACAGAGAUCCUUCCUAACGUUUGGAUUUGGCGCUGGACCAGCCAGAAGGGAAUCCCACGUUAAUGUCAAUGUGACACCCACGAGUCAUGAUUUAGCAUCCGAUACACCGGAAAUAAGAAAAUAUAAGAAGAGAUUUAAUAGUGAAAUACUUUGCGCUGCUUUAUGGGGCGUGAAUCUCCUAAUUGGCACAGAGAAUGGAUUGAUGCUGCUUGACAGAAGUGGACAGGGUAAAGUCUAUCAAUUAAUCAGCAGGAGAAGAUUCCAACAAAUGGAGGUGCUCGAGGGUCAAAAUAUUCUCGUUACAAUCAGCGGUAAAAAAAAUCGUGUCAGAGUGUACUACUUGUCGUGGCUGAAGAGCAAAAUCCUUCGCACUGAUGGUCACAGCGACCAGCAAGUAGAGAGGCGCAAUGGUUGGAUAAACGUCGGCGAUCUUCAAGGUGCAGUUCACUUCAAAAUAGUGAAAUACGAGAGAAUAAAAUUUUUAGUUAUUGCUCUGAAGGACUCCAUAGAGAUCUACGCAUGGGCACCGAAACCUUAUCACAAAUUCAUGGCAUUCAAGUCAUUCGGUGAAUUGGCUCACAGGCCACUGCUUGUCGACUUGACCGUCGAGGAGGGAUCCCGAUUAAAAGUGAUUUAUGGAAGUGCCGAUGGAUUUCACGCUGUCGAUUUGGAUUCAGCAACUGUCUACGACAUCUAUCUACCCAAACACACUCAGGGAGCUAUUUGUCCACACUGUAUCGUUGCUCUGCCAAAUAGCAACGGUAUGCAAUUACUUCUCUGUUACGACAAUGAAGGAGUUUAUGUCAAUACGUACGGUAGAGUGUCCAAGACAAUGGUACUUCAGUGGGGUGAAAUGCCCACUAGUGUUGCAUACAUUGGUACUGGACAAAUAAUGGGAUGGGGUAAUAAGGCUAUUGAAAUAAGGAGUGUCGAGAGUGGCCAUCUUGACGGUGUCUUUAUGCAUAAGAAGGCUCAACGGCUCAAGUUCCUCUGUGAACGUAAUGAUAAGGUAUUUUUCUCAUCGGCGAAGGGUGGAUCAUCCUGUCAAAUUUACUUCAUGACCCUGAACAAACCAGGCAUGGCUAACUGGUGAUCCCGAAUGCGGCCAAAUAUGGCCCCACCGUCAAACGUACAAUUACCAACUCACCAUUUACCCCGUGUAUCUGGUUACCUACCACAGUGUCCACCAAUUCAUCCCCCACUGCCACAAACACGUUACGUGGAUUACCAACAGUGUAUGCAUCGUGUCAAUAAUUAUUAUCCGAGUGAUAAUAAUUCCACUGGAUCACACUAUCAUCAGAGAGAUAAUCGUUAUCAGAGUAAUCGUCGUAGGUCAAACUCAAGGGAAUUUAACUCGAUCGAGGUGAGAAGUCAUUAUUCACGGAAAGACGAUGAUUACGAGGACUUCAGGAGUGAUAGAUGUGGACGAUCCUCUCGUAGAAUCAGUUCGGGCCCACUCAAUGGUAUCAAUAUUUUGAUUAAACGAUUUUUGUGCUUUCUUGGUUGUCCAACAUUGAGAUCGUCAUUGCGUUAUGGACAGGAUUGUUGAUUAUCCUCUACUUGGUGUCGAAUUAUUAUGGAUCAAUCAAAUGCAUUGUAGUUUACGAUGGACGACAUAUCCAUUUGGGAUUUAUGUUGUAAUAGAAAUAAUUUAUUGGUAAUGGUGGAUUGAUAGGAAUUUGUCUGACUUGUCAAUCCAUGGAUUCGAUCGACCGAGCGGUUCGGGCUGACAUACAUAAAUGCGCAAUGCAGUCCCACGACAACCCCUCGAGAUCGUUUUAAAUUUAUAAUCUCUGCUGACUGAAUCUCGCCCCCUUUCAACUCUGGCGUAUUCUUCAUUCCAAUUAAACUUUUUCAUGAAACUGCGGCAGUUGAUUUAAUGGAAAAAGAAGAGAAAAUAAAUAGCAGCAAAAACUCUUUACUUUGGCUACAGGUGUUUCAUUCAAAACCCCAUCGUCGGUUAAUUAAAGUGGGUUAACACGAGUUUUUUAUAUUUUUUUUUUCAAAAUAUACAUACGUUGGAUUCAUGAAAUUCAUUCAAACCAAUGUUCGGGAGUGAGAGGUCAGUUUGUUGAAUGAAUUCUUUUGAAACAUAAUAUUUGGAUAAUGGUAUUUCAUUCUGUGUGAACAGAAAUGGAUGUGAAUUUUAGUCGUACCAUUAUUUUCAAUCGAGCGAUGCGAAAUUUGACACCUCGUGGCUUAAUACCUGUCGACGAAUUGAUGGACUCAAUCGUUUGACGAUCAAUAUUUAUGAUGGAUUAUUACUUUGGUCAACGAUCUCAAUGAAGUGGCUCAGAACUUUUUCCACUGAGAAAUUUUUUAAAGACGAUUUCUCCAUUUUUCUUUCAAAUCAAAAAAGUUGGGAACGAGUGCAGGGAAGAUUUUGGAGUUAUUCUUUUCCCCUCAUACAUUUUGUCUGAGAUAUGUUCAUUUAACUCUGAUGAAUCAACAUGAUUAAUAAUGAUGGCAAUGGUGUAAUGAAAUGAAACGAUUCGAUUAUUGUGAUUUAAUGGAGGAUUAACAUUUUUACAAAAAAAAAUAAUAAUAAUAUGGAGUAAUAGAGAUUUUGCUGUAGGGUAUCGAGUUGCACGUGAUGCGGGUGUAAUUAAAAAAAAAUUAUUUCACCCUCGACCGUCCCUCUUGCGAUGAAAAAAAUGAAAACAGCUGAAAGCUCGUGGAUAAUGGGCUUUUAUUGUCUGGUGAUGAAAUCGGAACGUUAACGACAUCCAAUAACCCAUGAAAAUAACAGCUCGUGAGUGGGAAGGAAAAUCCAAUUAUCGACAGUGUAAUACACAUUUAUCGUGCAAUAAUACUUGCGAGGUUGAUAUUUAGACGAUUAUUAUUGUUUCAUUAAUCGGGCAUAUGGACGGGUGAUAAUGACCCCUCGUAAUAAUCAGUUCUGUACAGAUAAGUUGAAAAUGUGCGACGACUAAAAUUUCACAGUCUUGAAAUAUUCACGCUCAUUCGUUUACGUAUUUAAUUCGAUGUUUUAAUUCUCUUGCUCGUGACAAUUGAAAUUAUUGACAAUAUCAACCCUUUGGUUAUCAUAUUGGAUCUUCGGCAAUUAUUCGAUUAUCGUGUGAAGAUAUUAUUAAUGAAUGCAGACUAAAACAACUUCGACAAUUUAACUUUGUACAUAAUGAAGUAUUUAACGGUCCAAGUACCAAGUUGGCCACUAUUAAUCGAUCCAAGUAUCUCCCUCGUAUUCUCGAUACCUGAUACUAUAUGUUACGUAGUUUUCGGGAGAGUAGUUCUCAUGGGUAUUCUCUCCACUUCCAGAAUAACCGAGGACAGUUCCUCGGGCAUUAUAAUUUGCGAUUGGAUACUCGUUCCACCAAUUAAUUAACAUUAACGCAAGCCCAUGUCUACAGUAUAAAAAAAAAAAACCUUCAACUUAGGAUAAAUUUUCUACUAAGCGAUGAGAGAGUGAACAAAAUUUCUCGAGUUAUAAAUCAUAAACGGAAGAGGGACGCCCGGACAUUUUGAGGAAUAAUUGACAUUUAUUUUUAUUCUGUUUCGGUGCAUCGAUGAUGAAAGACUGUUUUAUAACGAUGAAAAAAAAAAUUUGCGAAAUGUGGUAAAAAAAAAUGUGACGAAAGAAAAUUAUCGAAAAUGACAAAAAAAAAAAGAGAGAAUGUGAGAAAGUGGCUGAUGUGGGAGUUAUUAAGGAUUUAACAGAAAACAAAUUAUCGUUACAUUGUUGUAUGAAAUACCAUUUCCCACUUCUUCCCUCCUGUUCCUUUUAUUUUCAUUUUUAUAACGCUGAUAACUGCCUCUAUGAUAAUAACCGAUUUUGCCUUCUUAUUUGCCCAAUUCUUGCUUUCUCUUGAUUGAUCCCUCGGUAAAAAUAGCUUUAUAUUUCUUUUACCCCCACCCCCUCAUCCUCAAGCCUUUUAUAUAUAUUCUCCCAAAGAUGGUAGUGAUGAUUUUUUUUAUAUAUAAUUAUUAUAUCAAUCAGUUUAUUGAAUGUAAUAUUAUUUUUUAUUCAUGUGGUCAGACGAAGUAAAAAAAUGAUUAUCACAUCGCGCGGUAUAUUAUGAUUACGUCUUUAUUAUCAUUAUUAUUAUAGUUAAGGUCAAAUAUACGGACGAUUCGUAAUAAAAA